AUGUUGUUUGCGAAGAUCCUGGCCCUUGCCGGCCUAAGCGCUGCUGCCACUGUCGAGACUAGCAGUGUCAAAGGCAAGGCAUUCGAUCGUUUCGUCAUCAUUUACUUUGAGAACCAAAACUAUGACAAGGCCUUUGGCGAUCCCAACUUCACCUGGCUGGCCAACAAGGGCAUCACGCUGACCAAUUAUUUUGCGGCAACCCACCCAUCGCAGCCCAACUACAUGGCCAGUAUCGCCGGUGACUACUUUGGUCUCGAUGGUGAUGGUGUCGUCGACUCUCCCGCGGAGGUUGCCACCGUCAUUGACCUGCUCGAGUCCAAAAACAUCUCCUGGGCUCAUUACGAGGAAGACAUGCCCUACACGGGCUACACUGGCAGCUCGUACAAGAACAGCCGCGGCCGCAACGAUUACGUCCGCAAGCACAAUCCCGCCAUUAUGCACAAGAGCGUCUCCGACUCCACGGACAGACUUUCCCGGGUCAAGAACAUGUCUAACAUUGAUACAUCGCGCUCCUCGUUCCACACGGACCUGGAGAACAAUGCCCUUCCUCAGUGGAUGUUCAUCACUCCCAACAUGACAUCUGACGGCCACGACUCUAGUGUCACGACGGCCGGAACGUGGUGCCGCUGGUUCCUCGAACCGCUUCUGACAAACAGCAACUUUAUGCAGAACACGCUUGUUCUGGUGACGUGGGAUGAGUCCGAGUCGUACUCGAUUAGAAACAACAUUCUCGGCAUCCUUGUCGGCGACGCGGUCCCGUCGCAGCUUGUCGGCACCACGGACGCCAGCUUCUACAGCCACUAUUCUGAAAUCGCGACUGUCUCGGCCAACUGGGACCUGCCCACCCUGGGCCGCUGGGACGUCGGCGCAAACGUGUACCAGAUGGUCGCCAACAAGACGGGCGACACGAUCCGGACGUGGGACAACGCCACCGAGUUCCAGAGCUACUACUGGAACGACGCGUACGGCGGCUACUUCAACUCCAACGACAACCUACCCAUCCCCGCGCCGAACCUGAGCCUCGACUCCAACACGUUCAAUGGCCGGCACAUCCUACAGUCGGUCAAGGACACCUGGGCGAACAGCGACGCGCCGACGUACUACACGGACUCCAUCAAGGUCUCAGACUCGCAACACCCUCCCCCAGGCUUUUCACCGUAG